AUGGCAAGUGGCGACCAGCAUGUCCUCGACGUGCUAGCCGACUACACGCACGAUAUCCGGAGAUUUACGAGCCAAAUGUUCGAUGCCUCGGAUAGGCACUUCCACAGUGUCUCCAAGCUAAUUAAACGCUCUGUUCCCGAGGGCUGGCUUCCCGAGCACGUCCGGCCGUCUCCUCCUCCGCCGCCUCCGCUUCCCUUUGUCGGCACAUAUCUGCACGAUCUCCAAGACUGGGUGUCGAGACAUCGCGCCCUCACAGCAGCAGUCAUCGCAUUCGUCGGAACAGGAAGCUUUCUGGUAUGGAGAGAGAAAAAGAUACAGUCGCGCAAGCGUAGGGCAAGGAGAGCCAGCAACGGUGCACGGAAAGAGGUGGUGGUGAUUGCCGGACCUCCCAACUCUCCCAUUGUGAAAUCGCUGUCUCUGGAUCUCGAGCGCCGCGGUUUCAUCGUUUACAUCGUGUGUUCGGAUCUGGAGGAGGAGCAACAGGUGCAAGGAGAGUCAAGAGCUGACGUUAGGGCGCUGCAUCUAGACGUGGCAGACGAGUUCGGCACGCAGGAAGCCAUGAACCGUUUCCAAAGCAUGCUUCUUAGACCUCACAUCGCUUUCUCUGGAGCAUCACCCCACAACCUGCAUUUCCGGGGAAUCGUGUUGGUGCCUGACCUGGUUUAUCCCAAUGGACCGAUCGAAACAGUGCCUCCGCAACGAUGGUCGGACGCUCUCAAUGCAAAAGUCCUAAACACCAUUGCCAUCACCCAGGCGUUUCUCCCCACGAUCUGUGAAUUCAAGGCACGCGUCCUGAUGCUUACCCCCAGCAUUGUGUCGUCGCUCCAACCGCCGUUCCACGGGGUGGAAACGACAGUUGUCCGCGCGCUCGAAGGUUUCACGUCGUCUUUGAGAGGCGAGCUGGGGACGCUGGGAAUCCAAGUUUGUCAGUUCAAACUGGGGACGUUUGAUUGCACGCACAUGGGAGGCAAGCAGCACGUGCAGCCGCUAGCUGGGGCGGACACGGUAGCGUGGCCGGCGACUUCACGGAAAUUAUUUCAAGCCAACUACAUGAACCAGAGCCGUGUUGCACGCAGCAGAGACAUGUUCAAUGCGACGGGCAAUGGGUCGGGUAGUCCGCUACGGCAGCUGCACAACGCCGUGUUCGACGCGUUGAUUCAGAAGCGGCCACAGAAGGUAUGGCACGUGGGCCGUGGAAGCUUGACUUAUAGCAUCGUGGGGAACUGGGUGCCAGCAGGGUUAGUAGGAUGGAUGAUGGGGGUGCGGCGCGUGAUGGAAGAAGAAGAAGAAGACGGGAGCAUGGAACCGCAGGUGGAAAACAGCGUGCAGCAAUGGGAAAAGGUGGACAGGAUAGUUUGA